AUGUCCGGCACAGCAGCCCUGAGGCGCGUCGUCGCUGCAAAUGCCUACAGCACGGCGCUCACGCGCGCCUCCGUCGGCGCCUGGAGCACGCUCCAGCCGCGGCGGCAGGCCUACAGCACGGCGCCCACAGCCAGCAGCCACGCAACGACGAAAGCGCCGAAGGCCGCGCUCGAGGAGACGGCGACGGCGCUCCUCGACGACGACGACGGCGACGCGCGCGCGGCGCCCGCGACCGUCGAGCGGCUCCUCGCGCUCGCGGAGCCCGAGCGGCGGCGCCUCGCCGCGGGCCUCGGCCUCCAGUCCGCGAGCUCGGGCCUGUCGCUGUUCCUGCCCUUCGCCAUCGGCAAGAUCGUCGACGGCUGCGCGGGCUCGUGGCGCGCGGGCGACGCCGCGGCCGUCGCCGCCGCCGCGUGGAGCCCGACGUCCGCGGCGACGGCGCUGCUCGGCGUCUUCGGCGUCCAGGCACUGGUCAUGACCGCGCGCCAGCACGUGCUGAACGUCGCCGGCGAGAAC